AAAUUCGAUUCGUUUCGAUUUCGAUCUGUCACUGUCAGUCAACUGUCAAAAACAAACGCAGCUGAUCAAAAUUUUACGAAAAACGAAAAAUAAAUGUAAAAAAUUAUAAAAUUUAUGUAAUUUAUUAACUGCUCUGACGUCGCGUUACAGAUGAUUCGCAAAAUAGUUAUUGGUUCUGGCAUGCUGGCUUUAGUGCCGACCAUCCGUGCUGCGACGCCGGUGCAGGAGUCUAAAGAGCCGACACGACCUCCACCCAUGAAACCUUCCGAGUUACCGAUAUAUGAAGCUCCUCAUGCCGACUAUGCAGAGUAUUUGGAAGAAAAAGCAAAAGAGAACAAAACCAGCUAUGUGAGGUCUGCUCUCUUGGGACCAGUGCGGGCUGUGAGGGAGCAGGUGCAGAUAGGGCUGGCGCACACUGAGUCUGCUACUAACACUAUCAAGGACAACUACUCUGAAUUACAGGACAGAAGCCAAUGGAUAGUGCAAUAUUUAAGGGAAGAAGAAAAUAAACAGAUAAGAUAUGGAGCAGUUGCAAUGGGUGGUCUCACUGGUUUUAUAUUUGGACUGAGGGGUGGCCUAAUUAGAAGAAUAUUUUAUGCCGGCUUAGGUACUACAGGUAUGGGCUACAUAUGUUUCCCAGAAGAAACCAAACAACUUAUGAAGGACAAUGGGUCUCUUGCAAAACAGUAUAUCAAUAUUGCUUACAACUUUUUUUAUGGAGUAAAACCGGGUGACCCACAACUGGAGGUUAAAUUCCCUGAUUUGUCUUUCCCUAAAGACUUGUCAGAGUUUGUUGACAUGACAGUGUCUGUUGCCACAUCUGUCAAACAAGCUGUGAUGCCUCCACCAUCUAAAGAUGCUGGGGAUAAUAAACCUUCUGAACAUAAGGAAUAGAUUACUUAUCUGAAGAAGAAGACAAAGAUUUCUGACAAAUACUGUGAAGGAAACUAAGUGAAAUGAAAUAAGUUUUAGAAUUGUUAUUUAUUGUAACUCCAGUGUAAUUUAUUUAAAAAAAUUGUAAUUAAAAUGUUAAAUAUG